UGUCUACAUUUUCUUCACCUUCAUCACUUCAAACUUUCGUUUCAAGUUCAAAGUAGCUCUUGGAAGUACACGCACGCGCUCAACAUGCCCAACCACCACCAACACCACCUUCAGGCCUUGCUCCGCUCCACCCCACCUACUUCAUCCUCCUCUGCCCACUCCUUCACCUCGAGGCUGCUCCUCCUCCUCACCCUCCUCCCUCUCACCCUCGCCGCCUUGGCCUUCGUCCUCCAAUGGCGUGGUGGAGGCCUCACAGACCCCACCACCCGUUGGGCUCCUCCGGGGUCCCAGCACCUGUUCCCUGGCAUGGACCCCUCCCCUCUCUCCCCCACAGCCCACCACCACUCCUCGUCGUCCGAUUGCGUCAAUCUCGGGCGUGGAUCUUCCCCUUCGUUCCCGUACUACCAAGGCUGGAAGUUCGACUACGUCCCAAAUUUGAGGCCUAAGAUAUGUAUUACAACGAGCACAUCAGCUGGCUUAGAGCAGAUCUUGCCAUGGAUGUUUUAUCAUAAGGUUAUUGGAGUCUCGAGCUUCUUCCUUUUUGUGGAAGGAAAGGCUGCAUCUCCGGAUGUGGCAAAAGUUCUGGAAUCUAUCCCAGGAGUGAAAGUGAUAUAUAGAACAAGAGAGCUGGAGGAGCAACAGGCUAAGAGCCGGAUUUGGAAUGAGACAUGGCUUUCAAGUUUCUUUUACAAGCCUUGCAAUUAUGAGCUAUUUGUAAAGCAAUCUCUCAAUAUGGAGAUGGCUAUUGUAAUGGCACGGGAUGCUGGCAUGGAGUGGAUAAUUCAUCUGGACACUGAUGAGUUAUUACACCCAGCUGGUGCUCGGGAGUAUUCCUUGAGGCAGUUGCUACUUGAUGUUCCUGGGAAUGUGGAUAUGGUUAUAUUUCCAAACUAUGAGAGCAGUGUUGAAAGAGAGGAUAUCAAGGAACCUUUUAGUGAGGUAUCAAUGUUCAAGAGGAAUUAUGACCAUCUUCCAAAGGACACAUAUUUUGGCAUGUACAAAGAAUCAACUCGUGGUAAUCCAAACUAUUUUUUGACUUAUGGAAAUGGGAAAUCGGCUGCUCGGAUUCAAGAUCAUCUUCGCCCUAAUGGUGCACACAGAUGGCACAAUUAUAUGAAAACCCCAAAUGAAAUCAAAUUGGAGGAGGCUGCUGUUCUACAUUACACAUAUGCCAAGUUUUCAGACUUGACCUCUAGACGUGACCGGUGUGGCUGCAAGCCUACUAAGGAGGAUGUCAAAAGAUGCUUUAUGUUGGAAUUCGACAGAGCUGCAUUCAUAAUUGCUUCAACUGCAACAGAGGAAGAAAUGCUCAACUGGUACCGGGAACACAUUGUGUGGGGUGACAAAGAUAUAAAAAUGAAACUACUGAGGAAGGGUAUCUUAACUCGCGUAUAUGCUCCCAUGGCCAUAAUACAAGGUCUAAGGGAGUCUGGUGUCUUCAGCUCUGUUAUUGCAUCUGCCCCAACAACUCUUUCCAAGGAAAAGUUUUUGUCGUCCAUUGUUAGUAGCAACUCAACUAGAGCUGUUGCUUCUGAAUCCCUUCCCUCAAGAAAGAUCGGUGGACGCAGGGGAUAUCAGGCUACUCUUAGGAAUAUCUUAGAGAUUGAAUCUGCUGCAUCUUCUUAUGAAGCAGCUGUUCCACCAUUGUCCCCCCCAGGAAUGGAUCAUGACCACCUCAUGUUAGAAGUGUGAUAUAUCUCCUAGACCUAUUGCUUCUUCUCUUCUUCUUCUUCUUCUUCUGCCUAUUUUGGAUGGUUUUUCGAUCAUGUCUAUUCACUUUCUAGGGAAGAAUCAGGAGAGAAAGAAAGAGCAGGCAGGCUUGUUACAGGGGUUGGUUUCAUUAUUUUUUCCCGAUUGCCAUCCAAGCACUAGUUUACGAUUUUGACAUUGACUUGUGGUCAAUCCUUGAGUUGGCAACUUGGGGUGUAACCAGAAAUCUAUGGCAUCUAUUCUUGUGUAUAGAAAGUAAAAUGUUUACAGUGUCGAUGCAUAUUUUCAGGUUA